CGUUGCUCGUGGUUUCUUUUGCGGUGUGAAGGGAGGGCGGCUGUGUAGAUAAACAGCGAUGAGGAGAGCCGUGAUAGGUACACAAAGUGUGUGGAUCUCGUUGGCAUAGAUGAAAAGGUCAUUAAAGAAAGAAAAUGAUUGAAGUCCUAAUACUUAAGAUUGAAAAUCCAAGCUGCUUCUGGGUCCACUUAAAAGGAGGUGGAAAAUUUUUAGACAAUGAAGCGGAAUAUAAAAAACUCCAGGCUGAUAUGAAUCUGUUCUAUAACAAAUCUUACAGAUAUGUGGAUGAAGUAAAGCCAUCCGUAUUAGAAGAAGGACAGGUUUGUGCCAUUUAUUGUCAGGAACUGAAAUCUUGGUGCAGAGCAAUUAUUAAGACAAUCAUAUCAAGUACAGAUUACCUUAUUGAAUGUUUUCUUGUGGACUAUGCCAAGAGGGUUCCUAUGAAAGCAGACAGGAUUUGUGUUGCCUUAGAAUCAUUUAUGAGACUACCCUACAGAGCAAAGAAGUUCAGGCUACACAGUACAAAACCAGUAACGUUACGGGUCAACUAUUGUAGUGACAAUGCAGAGACAGUCCCUGCUAACAAAUGGGAUAUUGCAGCUAUUCAGUACUUCCAAAACCUCCUGAAUGCAACCACCCAGGUUGAGGCCAAACUAUGUGGUGUUGAAGAAGACAGCUUUGAUGUCUAUCUUUAUGUCACCAUAAAUGGAGAAAAGGUAUGUGUGAAUGAUGAGCUUGUUGCAAAGAACUUCGCUUACUAUGAGAUGAUGGAAGAUGAAACACUUAGUACUGUGGAGGAACAAAAGAAACACCCAUCCUUUAGACCAGAAUCUCUUUUGGAGGAGAUCAAUCCUGCACUUAUUCUGUGGCCAAUGUUGUUGAAGGCUGAGGAGUCAAAGGGUUCAGAAACAUCUGCUGGAGCUUCUGGUUAUAUUGAGAACGCAACAUGCAAUAAUCUACAUGAAGCUGCAUCACAUAAUGAAGAAAUUGAAUCUGAAAUAAUGGUGGCUGUUGCCCCUUUGAAAAAAGGCAUAACAGUUUCUGUACAGGCUGAUGUGCAGACAGACAGUCGCUUAUCUACAAAAGCUACUAAAAUACAGGAGGAAAUGGAGAAAGGCUUAGAGAAAAAUAUCUCUGUGAAGCUUCUUCAGUUCUUAAAUCCUGAACUUUUGAAAGCUGUUGACAGACAGGAUGAGGCUGAGGAGUUUCAGCUGAAUGUCAGUGCACAUCCUCCUGUUGUUCUGCGUAAUGUGAUUGAGCCAUGCUUAUCUCUUGAAACAGCACCACUAUUUCCAGCUCUGAAAAAGGAGCUGCUCCGGAAUCAGUUCCUAAGUCCUAAUCAUUCACAGUCUUAUUGCUGGCCACCAAUAGCUCGUGGAUAUGAUUCGGUUGUCAUUUCUCCUGAAAAUGAUCCACUUCUGUAUCUUCCACCAAUUAUUACAUUUUUGCAGUCGAGAAGUUGCUACGUGUCUUUGCCAGCUAGGAAUGGUCCACUAGCAUCUGUCAUAUGCUCUGGACAGAAGAAAGCAGAACAGGUGUUUGAGUUAUUGGAAAUAUACAGUCGUUGUUCAAGGCCUCUUCACCCAAUAUUGCUUUUACUGGGAAUGAAUAAGGAAGACAUCAAGAAUGUGAGGCUUCCAAGAGGAUGUGAGGUCAUUGUAACAACCCCGCAUAGCCUCCUGCGGCUGCUUGAAUGCCACAGUUUACUCUUCCUUAGGAUUUGUCACCUUGUGUUUGAUGAGGUUGAGGUCUUGUUUUCCAAUGCCAGUGAACAAAUGUUUCAUAUUUUAGAGUAUUAUAAAAACACCUUGAGUGCUGAAGAGAAGGAAUCUGCACCUCAGCAGAUUGUUGCUGUUGGAAACCACUGGAACAAAAACGUAGAAUUCUUAACCAAAAACUUCAUGAAUGACCCAUAUGUUGUGAUCACAUCCAUGGAAGAAGCGGCCAUAUAUGGGAAUGUGCAGCAGGUGGUUCAAGUCUGCCUUGAGUGUGACAGAAUCGCCACCUUACUUCAGAUAUUGGAUUUUACUCCUACUGAUGCUCAGAAGACAUUGAUUUUCACAAGUUCUGUAGAAGAAACAGAUAUUGUUUACAAGGCAGUGGAGAGCACAUCAAUAUUUUGCUUUAAAAUACACCCAGGAAUUGGAGUUCAUUUUUAUUACAUUCUAGAGCAGUGGAACAAAAGAUUUAGCUCUGGCACACAUGUUGUAUUGGUCUUAACAGAUGACUGCUUGCCAGCCCUAGGAAUUACUGAUGGAACGCGUGUGGUACACUUCAGUUUUCCUACAACUCCAAGAAUAUUCGGUGCACGCUUAUACAGCAUGUCCGCUAACUUCCAAAAUUCAGUAGAAAAGGUUGCAUUUCUGGAACAUGGGCUGUCAAAAGCAAAAUCUAUCUUAUUGUUGACGGAAAAGAGUGCAUGCCAUGCUGCCGGAGUAUUGCGUUACUUAGAACGUACAGAAGCCAAAAUUCCACCUGAAUUGUGUGACUUUACAGCUGGAGUGCUUCAGGCCAAAGAAGACAUUAAGAGUAGGAGGCCACUCUGUCAGUACCUUAAGAGAUACGGAAUUUGCCUGUGGGGGAAACACUGUCCAGAUCGACACAGAAUUAACUUAAAAACAGAUUUUCCUCGCAAACUGUCUGAGGAAACUCUUCCCACAACUGGAAAUGUAACAAUACUGCCUCUUUUCAUUGUGGAUGCCACAAACUACUUUGGCCGCAUAGUAGGUAAACAAAAGGAUCAGUAUAUAGCUCUUGCAGAAGAGAUGAAGGAGUAUUACAAGAAAUCUUGCAAUUGCGUUUGUGUUGACACAGUGAAAAAACUAGCAAUAUAUGCAUUACAUGAAGAAAACACAUUCCACAGGAUUCAAGUGUUGGAAGUGGCAUCCAAAGAAGAAAGUUGUGUGUUUUAUUCUGUUCAAGUCAAGUAUAUAGAUGAAGGCAGAGCUGCUCAAGUUCAAAAUUACAAAUUGCUUUACUUGCCUGAAAGAUUUCAAGCUUUACCCCCUCAAGCUGUAGAAUUUAUUGUUUGUAGGGUUAAACCCAUUGAUAAUGAAAUGGAGUGGAAUCCAAAAGUUACUAGAUACAUUAAUCAGAAGAUCAGAGGAAAACCACAUGAGGCAAAAAUUGUACUUACCUUGGGAAACACAGUUUGGGUGGAUCCAGUGGUGCGGAUCACCAGACUUCUAGAUCUGAAAACGUCUAUCAACGAAUACAGUAUUCGCACUGUGAUUCUGUCUACUGGAAUGGGAGUUGACAACCCAGAACACACACAAGAGCUCCAGAGGUUAUUUAGAGAAGCUGAAGUAGCCCUUGAGAAAAAAGACUUACCUGCAUUAAUACAUCCCAUGAAGUGUGGAAUAAGUGAUCAGACCACGUCUGUUUCACAGAGCAUCUUGGACCAAACCAUGCUCAAUUCAGAGAGCAUCCAGGAACAAGUCACAUCCAAUAUGCAGGGUACAAAAGAGAAUGAUUCUAUUAUCAAUGAUAGUGCUUUGCAAAAUCCUUCUGAUGAUGUGACCAAAAGUAGGGGAGCAGAAGAAUCUCUUCAGCUAUGUAAUACAUGUCCCUCCACAGCAAUCAGCCAGAUGUUCCCAGGAGGCUCACAAGCAGAUCAUGAUGGAGAUCGCCAUCUCCAGGUGCUUGCCUCGUCACCUGGUAAUCAGAGCUUUUUCCCUUCAGUAAAAUGGUUUGAAAAGCAAGGUUGCAUUGUCAUGAAGAUAAUAUUACAAAAUAUUACCAACUAUGACUGCAAAUUUUUCACACACAGGAUCACUUUCAGUGCUUGUGCAGGAGAUAAAUUUUAUUUGGCUGACAUGGAGUUGCAGGAAAACAUUCUCAAAGAAAAGUCAUCUUGCAUACUUAAGAAUGGAGAGCCCAUGAUCAUAGCUGAAAAAGAGAAAAAAGAACCUUGGAGCAACUUGCUGAAACACAAAAUUCUGAGGAAAAAGGUCCUUUUCCUGCUGCCACAGCUCCUAAGAAAGUGCACCAGGUUGCUACGAUGGCAUAUGAGGAAAUGGAGGACUGCUCAGAAGACAUCGAUUCGGAGAGUGAUGAUUCAUCUGACUCUUAGUUCUACUUUAGAAUUGGAGAUUCUGAGAACAAAUACCAAGAGUGUCUCGUUGCUUCCUGCUGGAUGCAGGUGCCCACCCUCCUUGGUCAUCUCAUGAAGAGCCCUGUGCUGUUCCACCAGCCUCUCCAGCAUGAGGAAGAUAGAUGGCACUGUAAUUCUAUCUGCACUGUUCUUUCAACUUGCUGCAGAAAAAGGAAGGUGUCCAGGUGGAGGUGGAAACAUUUCCAUUAUAGUCAAUUAUAUUUGAAAAGGCCCCAAGCCUCAAAAUCCUUAGUCCAUUAUUAAGUCCAUAACCACAGAAGAUGCAGCGUGUCUGCAAAGCUGUUUUCAUGAUCCUGCCUUUUUAAGGAUGAGGAAACAAACUUUAUUCUGGAACUCCUUCUGGCGGGACAACUUCCAAAAGCAUCUGAAGGUGCAUUGUGAUGGGCCCUGAAGUACACAAGUUACUAUGUUUAGAGGUCUUUAGAAAUUGAUUUUGUAGUGUUGCUUUUUUCUUUUAGAGCUCCCUUUUGCACAAAGUUGCUCCUGGUUCACAGUUAUAUGCGCUUUUAAAAGUUUUCAUUGCCAAAUGUUUGGAUAAUUGUCCAGAAAUUAGGCCAAUCAUUUUCUGCUGCUUGGAGCAGAGGACAUCUCUGAUUGAGUUAACCUUCCCACAUGCUCCCAGGCAGGACUAACUGAAAAUAUUUCAAGCCUUAAGAGCCUGAGAGGGAUAACUCCGCCCAGUUCUUUUAGUCCUGCUGCACUCCUAGGCAGAUCUCCAUAGUCUUCUCUUUACUUUUCUAUAUUCUACAAGCUAUUGGCCUACUUUUUUACUACCUUGUCCCCGUUACUGCUAAGUGUCUCUUUCUCUAACUGCUCUUAAAAACAAAACAAAACAAACUUUGUUAUUUUUUCCUCCCCCUUAUCUCCCUAUAUGCCUAUGGAGCGCUGCUGGGCUAUCAAGCAUAUUGUUCUCCAGAGGAGAGGAAGCAGAACGGGCUUUCCACUGGCCACGAGAACUCCGGGCUCUCUGCCUCCUGCACUGCUGUCAUUAACGGCCGUGCCCCACAAAUGAGCAGAAAUGGAGGACGCCGGACUGCGUCCUUCCCAGCUGGCUCGCAAGACUCUGAGCUCAACCAGAGUUCAGGAAGGAAUGAAGAUGGAGUGUGUGGGCCAGACAUCCACCUCGCUCCCACUGCUGCCAAGGUCAGCGCAGCAAAUGUGCACCAUUACCAUUUUGAGUUCCAACAGCUCCACAACUUUGGCAGGAAUGUUGGGAGCUGCCACUACUCAAGUAAUAUAAUAAAAGAGUACCAAUAUCAGAGUGGGGCAUGGGGGGGGGAUGCCUUUUGUGCCACGCUGGUUUUUAAUCAAAGCACUGUGAAUGUAGAAAAAUGCACAUAUCUGAUCCUCUGUUGCUCCAAUUCAUUGAAAGCUUACUUGCCUAGCCUAAAAUGUACCUCAAAUUAAAGGUUUAAAGGUGUGUACUGUUAAGAUGCUAUCUCAAAUAGCUUAUUCUAGUGAUAUGCAGAAAUAUCCAUUAUAUGCUUAGCUAAACGAGGAGCUGGUGCUGUGAGCCAGAAGAGAUGGAAGGGGUGGGGAGGGAGAUACCUUUUUCAGGACUGGGGAGGUUGCACUCUCUCACACCCCGCCGGCACUGCAGUUUAAGAGUGGCAGGAUGGCAGUGUCCCUCCCUGCUGCCCCAUUGCCCACUUGGACUGGAAGUACUCGACAUGCGUGCACACGUUGCACAAUUCCAGUCUGAGGCGGCAACAGGGCGGCAGGGAGGUACGCUGCUGCCCCACCGGACUUUUUUAAACUGCAGCACCGGCAGGGGAAACGUGGCAGGGGUGGGUGGGUGUGUGCAUCCUCCCCAGUCCUUAAAGUAUCUCUCCCCCCCCCCUUCGAACUGGUUGAACCGCCGGUCUUUCGAACCUGUUCAGUGGCCUGUAAAACUGCCUCAGAACAGGUUCGUGCUCAUUCCUAUGAGCCACCUCUAACCACACUCAUCUCACAGCCAGGAGGCUCUCCACUACAAGGUACAUUGCAUAGUAUCUGGCCCAAUGCUGAGCAUACUCUGUAUCUGUUUUUAGUGCAAAUAAAUGCCUUUCAAAUCA